AGCUAGAAAGCUAGGAUCUACCAUUACAGUAAAAAAAAAGGAGCGGCAAGAGGCUCAGGAAUCAGCAAAGGUACACCAGAAAGCAAGAGGAAACUGAACUGGAACCAAGCGUCACCAGUAUUUUAAGGGCUUUUAUCCUUGCCAUCAACUUAACAUGUCCAGGAAAAGCAGUGCCACACUGGCAGGGCCAACGAAAGUGGAAGCUGGUUCAGAGAUUGUGGCUGUGAGAAGCAACAGAGUGGUACUGGAAAAUACCAUCGGUCCAGCGGAGAUUGUCAUCUCUAAUGGCAAAAUAGUUGAUGUUCUGCCAAAGAGAAACUGGGCCCGACCCAGUGGAGAAAAGAUGCUAGACGUUGGAGACCUAGUGGUCAUGCCGGGGAUCAUAGACCCUCAUGUGCACAUAUGUGAGCCCAGACAUCCAACUUGGGAAGGAUUUACAUCUGUGACUAAGGCCGCAGCUGCAGGAGGCAUCACCACCAUUGUUGAUAUGCCAUUGUACUCGUGUCCUCCAACCACAACUUUGUCUGGCCUUGACACCAAGCUGCAGUCUGCCAAAGGGCAGUGCUAUAUUGAUGUUGCCUUUUGGGGGGGCAUCAUUCCUGGAAAUCAGGCUGAACUUCUGCCAAUGCUGAAAGCUGGUGUUCCUGGAUUUCAGUGCUUCCUGAUGGCCACUGGUGUGGAAGAUUUUUCUCAUGUGCUCUUGCAGGACUUGCAUGUGGCAAUGAAUGAAUUGCAAGGCACAGACUGUGUACUUCUGUUCCAUGCAGAACAGGAGCCAAAUCAGUGGGUGCCUGUACAAGAGGACCCCACAGAGUACAGCACAUUGUUGGACUCACAUCCUGAUACUAUGGAAGUGGAGGCCACCCUUACCAUUGCUGAGCUCUGCCUCCAGUACAAGAUACCAUGCCACAUAACUAAUCUCUCCUCAGCUCGAGCCAUACCCAUAAUCAAGGACGCACGUCAAAAGGGAGCGCCAAUCACUGUAGAAACGACCCAUCACUACCUCAACUUGACAUCGGAAUGCAUUCCUCCAGGAGCCACUUACUAUAAAUGCCACCCUCCUAUUAGGGAGAAAAGCAACCAGGAGCAGCUGUGGGAAGCUGUGCAAGUAGGGCAGAUAGACAUGGUUGUCUCCGCUCAUGUACCUUGGUCCCCAGACCUGAGUGAUUUGAACAGUGGGGAUUUCCUCAAGGCCCAGGCAGGGAUUGCCUCACUACAGUUUGGUCUUCCUCUUUUCUGGACCUCUGCAAAAUCCAGAGGAUUCACUUUGCAUGACAUAGUGAAACUGAUGUGCAAAAAUCCUGCCAUUCUGAGCAAAUUAGAAGAUCGCAAAGGGUCACUGAGCCCAGGGAUGGAUGCAGACAUGGUGAUUUGGAAUCCAGAAAAGGAGUUUGAGGUGAAUAGGAACAUAAUUCAUCACAAGCACAAGCUGACUCCAUACUUGGGUUUCCAGCUUUAUGGCGAGGUCUUCGCAACUCUUGUACAUGGCAGACUGGCUUAUCUGAACGGGAAGUUUGCACCCAAGCCACAAGGAGACCUGCUUGUGACUGAGAGAAAGAUGCCCACAAGAUUCUCCUCACCUUACUACUAGUUGGUGAAAAGGAGGGAAAGAAAACCACACACAUAGUAGCAGAACCAAAGUGCACUGAACAGAAGAGUUCAAGCUCCCAGAAGCAAGGGUUGAGGAGAAGAUAAAAAUAUGAGAAAAUGAAGAACCAACUGCUACCACAUAGCCCAUGAGUUUUCAAACUUGGGUCUUCAGAUGUUGGACUACAGUUUCAUCCCCAGUCUUUGGCCAUUGUGGCUGGAAAAGAUGAUUGUUGAAGUCCAACAACAUCUGGGGACCUAAGUUUGAGAACUCCAACAUAGCCUGUAAUCAUAGUACAGGCAACUGCAGAGGUCUCGAAUCUUUCCACAACUGCUAAAUAAAUAAAACUGAGUCAACAGCUCCAGCCAAUAUGCCAAAUUUAUAUGAUAAUGGAACAGAAACAGACAGGUUCUUGGACCAGCAACUCAUCCCUUCUUGUUUCCCAAUAGUAUAGAUGAGACUCAUAUAGUCCAGGAAAAACACAGGAAAAGGACAAAGGAAGAGGUGUUCUCUGAAUUUGCUGCUUCAUCUCAGGCUGUUUCUUCUGUGAAUUAUCCUUUCGAUGAUCAGAUCUAAUAUAACACAGUGCUUUCAGUGAAUGAGUAAUAAGCCAAGGUGUGAUGAGUCAUCAAUAAAUGUUAUUUCAUUAUGGUCA